AUGGCUUCAAGGCCCGGAAUCCUCACGGAUUGGCCAUGGAAACCUCUUGGAAGCUUUAAGUAUGUGGUACUAGCUCCAUGGGUGGUUCACAGCACCUACUCUGUGAUAGUGAAGGAGAAGAAUGAAAAGGACGUAUCAACCUUUCUGAUAUUACCAUUUUUGCUAUGGCGAAUGCUUCAUAACCAGAUUUGGAUCACUCUCUCUCGUUACAGAACAGCCAAGGGAAAUGCUAGAAUUGUGGAUAAGGGACUUGAAUUUGAACAAGUUGACAGAGAAAGAGAAUGGGAUGACCAAAUAUUGUUCAAUGGGUUACUAUACUAUUUGGCAUGCUACACAUUAUCUGGUGCAUCCAAUCUUCCAUUAUGGAGAACAGAUGGAGUGGUUAUGGCAUUUUUGCUUCAUGCAGGACCAGUGGAGUUUCUUUAUUACUGGUUACACAGAGCACUUCAUCAUCACUUUCUCUACUCUAGAUACCACUCUCACCAUCACUCUUCCAUUGUCACAGAGCCUAUAACUUCUUCUGUGGGAGCCAUGGUGGCUUAUGUCACUUACAUUGACUUCAUGAAUAAUAUGGGUCAUUCCAACUUUGAGGUUGUUCCAAAGUGGCUCUUUCAAAUCUUCCCUCCUCUUAAAUAUCUCAUGUACACCCCAUCGUUUCAUUCUUUGCACCACACCCAGUUUAGAACAAACUACUCCUUAUUUAUGCCAUUUUAUGACUACGUCUAUGGCACCACAGAUAAGGCUUCUGAUACAUUAUAUGAAUCAGCAUUAAAACGAGAAGAAGAAACCCCAGAUGUUGUGCACCUUACACAUCUCACAACCCCUGAAUCCAUCUAUCAUCUCAGGCUUGGGUUUGCUUACUUGGCUUCUAAGCCUUACAUAUCAAAAUGGUACCUCAGUUUGAUGUGGCCUAUGACAGCAUGGUCCAUGAUCCUCACAUGGGUCUAUGGCAGAACAUUCAUUGUUGAGGCAAAUCGUUUUGACAAACUCAAGCUUCAAACUUGGGCAAUUCCCAAGUACAGUCUGCAAUACUUUCUGCAAUCACAAAAAGUGACUAUCAACAGAAUGAUAGAAGAAGCAAUACUGGAUGCAGACAGAAAAGGCAUAAAAGUGUUGAGCUUAGGCCUAAGAAAUCAAGGAGAGGAGCUUAACAUCUAUGGAGGGUUAUAUGUUAGUAGACAUCCAAAGUUGAAAGUUAAGAUUGUAGAUGGAAGCAGUCUUGUGGUUGCUGUUGUUCUUAACAGCAUUCCCAAAGGAACAACACAAGUGUUGCUUAGGGGAAAACUCACUAAGGUUGCCUAUGCUCUUGCCUUCUCAUUGUGUCAAAAAGGUGUUCAGGUUGCUACAUUGCAUGAGGAUGAUUAUGUGAGGCUCAAAAAGUCAUUCAAGUGCUCUGAAACUAAUUUGACCUUUUCCAAAAGCAACACACAGACGACUUGGUUAGUAGGAGAUGGACUGAGUGAAGAAGAACAACAAAAAGCACCCAAAGGAACAUUAUUUAUUCCAUACACACAAUUUCCACCAAAGAAAUAUCGCAAGGAUUGCUUCUACCAUUCCACCCCAGCAAUGUUAGCUCCUUCGUCUGUCGAAAACAUCCAUUCUUGUGAGGUUAGAUUGGUUGGCAAGAAGGGUGAUGAGUGCAUGGCGCAUAGCUGGGAUAGUCCACUCUCUAGAAGGAUGGAGUGA